AGGAAGAGGGGAAGGAAGAGGAGGAAGGCCAGAUUAAAAAACUGCAGGCCGAGGUGGCCAAUUUAAAAAAGACUAUUGUGAUCUUAAAUAAGACCCUCGACCUCAACCAGGGCUACAACCGGACACUAAAAAAAAAAUACGUAGCGCUGGUCAGAAAGAAUGUGAGGGCUGCAAAACACACCGUAAUGUUUGGCUCCUCAGAGCAGCUUGAAGAGACAUCGGAAGUCCCCCCCCAGACAUCGGAAGCCCCCCCCCAGACAUCGGAAGCCCCCCCCCAGACAUCGGAAGCAGGCCCCUCCUCUCCUUCAUUCCGGCCGACAUCAUUCCCGGACCAUGUCGCCGUCCUCAAUAUGUUAUUGGAGGACUUCAAAGAGCUGCAAGAGGGACCUGAACCAGCCCCAAAGCUCAUAAAUAAUGUGCAAUCAAAGCUGCACAGAAUCCGGCAGUUUGUCGGCUGGAUGAGCCAAGGAAAUACGAACCUGGGGAAACUAUUGUUCCUGGGCAAUAUUGGCCGUCUUCGGGGAUGGGUGAAGUCUCUGAGAACGAACAAGAUGUCUCUGACAACGACAUUACACUACCUAAAAAACGUCAGACAGUUUGUAGUGUUCAUUCAAGAGACUCCACCUCCUUCCUCGUGCCUCAGCAAGACAAAUCUGAAGAGGGUCGUAAGGGAGCUGAAGGCCUCCAUCAAGUCCUGGGUGCGCCCGGUGGUCCUCCAUCAGAUGAGGGUGAAGGGGAAGAAGGAUGCCACCAUGCACUCCAUGAAGGAGCUCCAGGAGUGCCGCCGAUUGGCACUAGUGGCCAUCCCCAAACUCCUAUCUCAACUGGAAAAGCACCACACCUACUUGGACCAGUGUAGCCUCUUCGGGUACGUCACUGCCUACCUGGCCUCACUGUACGGUCACCGGCUUGGAGUGUUCCUAAACAUGACUGAUGAGCAGGUCAGCCAGGCGGUGUACGAACCCGAGGGCAAUGACUACCUCAUCAAAGUGGAAGACCAUAAAACAAAUGAGAGCUUCGGCACAGCCAAGCUGCUGCUCAGCGACAAGGAAUACGGCUGGUUCCUGGCAAUCAUCCGCCUAAAAAGGAAGUGGGCGAAAGGUGUUAAACUGUCAAAGUAUGUCUUUCACAACACAACCUUCUCGGCGGACAAGAACCUGACUAAAUAUGUGAAGCGCGCCUGGUCGGACAUGAAGUUGAGGGGCGAAGCGACCUUCACCACUCUGAGGACCGCGGUGGCGACCUUUGCCAGAGACAGACACGGGGAACACUCCCAGGAACGUAAAACUUUGGCGCGCCUUAUGUGCCACGACACGGCUACGUCCGACAAGUUUUAUACCAUGGACCUGACCAUGGAGCAGGCCAGGAGGGGUCGCCUGUUAUUUGAACAGGCACAGAAGGAGGGAGAGGAGAGUGUGACCGGGACAAAGAAGGAGGAAGAAGUUGAGGAGGGAGAGGAGGAUCAAGAUGAGGAGAUGGAGGAGGAGGAGGAGGGUGACAGUGACAAGAAGGAGGAGGAGACAGCGGAGGUAGCAACCUCCAGCAAGAAAAAGUGCACCCCAAGUGUGACCAGGAGCCGGUCUCAGAAAAGCUGCAGGGUGAUGUUGUUCCCGUUGAGCCCUCAUAAAGCCCUUAGGAUGAGCCCUCAGAAAGCCCUUAGGAUGAGCCCCGAGAAACUCACCCAUAUAAUCCGAGUCCGGCGAAAUCGGAUGGUUGAACGGAGGAGAAAGUAGUUGUUUUUGAAAAUGGAGUAGUUCAAUGUUCUGUGUUUUUAUGUGUAUUUUACUGUUUUUUAUAUUGUGAAAUGUUCCAAAUGUUAUAUUGUGAAAUGUUCCAAAUGUUAUAUUGUGAAAUGUUCCAAAUGUUAUAUUGUCAAAUGUUCCAAAUGUUAUAUUGUGAAAUGUUCCAAAUGUUAUAUUGUGAAAUGUUCUAAA